GCAAGCAUGUGGAACCGCACUUUUUGGGUUUUUGUGGCGCUACGCGUCGCAUCAGUGUUUCUCGUAACGACUUGGUUUGUUCCUGACGAAUAUUGGCAAAGUCUAGAAGUGGCCCAUCGCUUGGCAUUCGGCUAUGGACAUCUCACAUGGGAAUGGACUGCCGGCAUUAGAAGCUAUCUAUAUCCGGCAUUGAUUGCCGGUUUGUACAAAUUGUUGGCCGUUUUCAAUCUAGACACCGUCGAUCUUCUGACAAUGCUACCACGGAUUUUGCAGGCUUGUCUGAGUGCCUACGGCGACUAUCGCUUCUACGUGUGGUGCAAACGAAGCAAGUGGUCCAUGUUUUUGCUCGCUUCAUCCUGGUGCUGGUUCUACGUCGGUUCACGUACCAUGGCGAACACGUUGGAAACCACACUUACAAUGGUUGCUCUCAGCUAUUUCCCUUGGGUUUCCGAAUGUACCAGGUUUCUCUGGCCGGUUGCAUUGUCUUUCUUCAUCCGACCCACUUCGGUCAUACCGUGGGUGCCAUUGUGUCUUUAUCAUAUAAAAAAAUCCACACACCCAACAUGGGAGCUGCUGUUGAAGCGUUAUCUGCUUAUUGGAGCACUAACUGGGCUAUUGUGCGUAGGCAUCGAUAGCUAUUUCCAUGGAACGCUACUGUUUUCGUCUUUCGAAUUUCUUAAGUACAACGUUCUAAAGGGCGUCGGUAGCUUCUAUGGAGAACACCCAUGGUAUUGGUAUUUAUAUGCUGGGCUUCCAGUCGUGCUAGGAAUCAGCGUGCUACCAUUUUUACUGGCAUCCUAUGAAACCGUGCGCCAUCGCAAGGUGUUCAAAGAGCGUUUAGUGUUACUGUACUCAGUGUUUUUCACUAUUCUCGUAUAUUCGCUGCUCUCACACAAAGAGUUUCGCUUCCUUUUGCCGAUAUUACCCAUGUGUCUGUUUGUCACGGCCGACUAUCUCUCUCGUUGGAGCCGUAAAGCUUCGAGCAAAAUGAUCUGGCUUGUGGCGUUACUCGUAGUAGCUGUUAAUGGUUUGAUGGCUGGCUACACCGGGCUGGUGCAUCAACGUGGUACAUUGGACGUAAUGCCUUACCUGGCUUCAACAGCAAGAGACUAUCGUGAUGAGUUCAGCAACCCCGCCAAAGUGUUCUUCCUUAUGCCCUGCCACUCAACGCCACUGUACAGUCAUGUUCACCAGAACGUUACGAUGCGCUUUCUGCAUUGUGAACCGAAUCUGGCCGAUAAAGAGAAUUAUGUCGAUGAAGCAGAUCAAUUUUUCGACAACCCCAUGGUUUGGAUACGCAGAAAUCUUCCAGUUCAUCCACUGAGCGCCCUGCCGACGCAUGUGGUAGCAUUCGAUGUUCUUGAGCAGCAAAUUAAAGAUUUUUUGUCCAUCUACCAGGAAAAAGCUUCAUUUUUCCACACCGAUUACCCUUCUGGACGCGUCGGAGGGUAUGUUAAGGUUUACGAACGGUUCGAUCCUAAUGCGAUACCCCCUAGCACAACUGCAAGUGUUUCCGCGAAUGAAGAAGACGAUUACGAAACUGGAAACGAUGAAUAUAACUCAUAA